AUGCCAGCUGGCGAAAACGACGUAUUUCUCGAUGGUUCGUACCCCAUGAAGGAUUCGAGCCAGUACAACCUUGUCAAGUCGAAGCGAAUGCCAGUCCUUCGAACAUCCCGUCGACUAUUCAUUGUGCACGCUCUACACCUUUUCCUUUUCCUCAUUACUCUUAUCAUUCUUAUCGUUGGGAUAUUCCACUGGGAGUAUAACGUGUACAUCGAUAGCAGCCAGGCAGGCAAUGUAGCGAGUUACAUAACACUCGGUUUUCAAACCUUCUUCACGGUAUCGGUCAUUUCAUUAUCCGUGCUUUCCAGGGCGGUUGCUGUGGAUGAGGCUAUAAGGCAUCCCCGAACACUACUCGAUCUCGACGCACAUAUUCAAGCAUGGGGUGGCCUAGGAAACGUCUUCACCAACUGGCAUGGGAUGCGAAGCCUGGGCCUUCUGAGCAGCCUCAUCGUAGCGGGAGCAGGGGUGCAUUUGGCUGGAUCCAGUGUUCUUGGAGUGGAAAUCUACAACCAGACGAGGACAUGGGAUUCGGAGGUCGGGGUCACGAGCCAUCAGGGACGGUAUCUAGAUCCGUUUCCGAUGGGGUCGAGAAGCGUACAAGAUUAUUUCACGAAUACGAGUUUGACAUGGCCAACGCGUGAUAUUGAUAUGUUUUUCUCAGGUGUGAACAAUACGCGUCGGCCGGGACUGCAACGGACCCUUGUCCACGAUCUACCCGGAUACUUCAUGUACUCCUACGAUGUCAUACACGUCAACUCGACCCGAAUGCAAGGAGCAAUGAUACUUCUUCUGCCACAGCAUUCGAUCCUGAUUCGCUCGACGGGAACUAUGGACAUGUGGAUUAGUGUAUCGAUGAAUUCGAUACCACCGUAUUCUGACAGUGCAGUUAACUUUUCGACGUACUGGGAUAUACACAACAAUCACUCGAAGGUUGUCCUCCAUCCAUGGGCACUCAAAGACUCCCUCAGUUUCCCUUCACACCACCAAAUACUCUUUGCAUGGGCCACGACGGACGAGACUGCUAUCUUGCUGGAUACCACCGGGCGAAAUGGUACUACAUACAACUUCACACUCUCAGGCAGCGAUACACCACCUCUUCAUGUAGAUGCGCGUAGAUAUGCCGAGUUUAUAUGGGAGGAAUCGUCGGAGGAGAGGCUAGCCAACACAUUCUUGACGGCAUUCAGUCCUAUACCAGAUUCGGGAGAUGGAAUGGAAUGGAGAGAUCUUGGACACACAGUAGCAGAGAAAGUUCUGGCGAUGGGUUUGGUCAAUACGACCACUUGGGAGGCGAAGUAUGUAAGAGUGACUGACUUGGAAGAGUGGAUCGAGGGUCUUUUCGCGAGCUGGAUCUGGAACAUAUGGCGAGACUGUGAUUAUCCGUACUUGUUGACGUCCGACUCGCGCGAGAUAUGCGGAAAUUUUCACUCUUCAUGGGGGUUUAUAACACGGACGGAGGACCCUGGCGAUACACCACAGAUAGUGAAAGCCGGAAUCACGCGUACUUUGGAGAAAGGAAGAUUACAGAUAUUCCGAUGGCGGUCGAUCAUUACGUUUGUGUGCUCCGCGGUGCUGUAUCCUCUCCUUCUCGCUACUAGGAACCAAAACCGACUUGCCAAAGGGCGCGCCAUUAAGGGAAGCUAG